AUGAUAAAGUCAAUAGUAGGUUUAGUCAAGCCUGCCUUUGUCAAGUCCAAUGGAAUGAUCAGGGAACUAUUAAACUUGGGCACUCUUGAGCUCGAUAUUUUUCAUUCUAAACCUUCCAUUGAACCACCGAAGCCCAGAUGUAUAUCUAUAUCGAAAUCGGAGCUGAAUGAAGGUGAAGCCGAAGACAAUGAGUCAACGAACCCCAUAUAUGUUAGCUACGAAGACCUUAUAAAAAGUCAAUUGGAGAAGCCCUUUGUGAUGAAUAUACACAGCAUGGCAGUGAUUUUAAACGACGAUACGACCGAAGACCUACAGAGAGUAAAAAGCGAAUGUAUAACAUCUACACAAAUCCAAAGAUUUUACAAAGCAUGA